ACACCGGAGACCGGAGACCGGAGAGCCGCUGCUGGGAGAUGGAGGAGCCGCGGUGACCGGCGGUAACAUAACACGCAGACUGACCGGGGACAGAGCGCUGUGUGCGGGCAGGAAUCCGCUCACCUCCCGCUGCAGAGCUCCGGAAAAAAACACCUUCAUCUACAGAGAUGAUGCCCGCAACGAGGAGCUGGAGGACGUUGCAGCUCUGUCCAGACGAGUUCGUCUCUUCUCGGCUCUUUGGAGGAGAUGAAGACCAGGUGUGAAUAAUGUCGAGUCCCAGCCGUCGUCUGAACAUGCUGCUCGGGUAGCGUCCACCCGCUGACACCGCUUCCCACUCCGGGGCUCGAACUCAGUCACAAGCGUCGGCUCAAACCAAAGCACAACCAUGCUGAUCAAGGAGUAUCGUAUCCCCAUGCCCAUGAGCGUGGAGGAGUACCGCAUCGCUCAGCUCUACAUGAUCCAGAAGAAAAGCCGGGAGGAGAGUUGUGGCGAGGGCAGCGGCGUGGAGAUCCUGGAGAACAAGCCUUACGAGGACGGACCCGGGGGCUCGGGCCAGUACACCCACAAAGUUUAUCACAUCGGCAAACACAUCCCAUCCUGGUUCUGCGCCAUCCUCCCCCAGGCAGCGCUCCGAGUGGAGGAGGAGUCCUGGAACGCUUACCCCUACACCCGAACCCGGUACACGUGUCCCUUUGUGGAGAAAUUCUCCAUAGACAUUGAGACGUAUUAUAAACCAGACACUGGGAAUCAGGUGGACGUCUUCAAUCUGUCGUCUGCUGAAAAAAGACAGCGGACUGUAGAUCCCAUAGACAUUGUGAAGGACUACAUUCCUCCUCACGAGUACCUGGUGGAGGAGGAUCCGAAGCUGUAUCAGUCGGUCAAGACCAGGCGGGGCCCUCUGACCGAGGACUGGAUCGAGGAGAUCAACCAGAACCUGGCCCACAGCGCCGUCAUGUGCGCCUACAAGCUCUGCAAGGUGGAGUUCAGAUACUGGGGGAUGCAGUCCAAGAUCGAACGCUUCAUACACGACGUGGGCCUCCGUAAAGUGAUGGUCCGAGCCCAUCGGCAGGCGUGGUGCUGGCAGGACGAGUGGUACGGCCUCACCAUCGAGGACAUCCGGCAGCUGGAGCUGGAGACGCAGCUGGCGUUGGCCAAGAAGAUGGCCCAGUUCAGCCUCAGCGAGGAGGGCGGGGUGGAGACCAACGGCUCCUCCUCCACCGGCCAGGACCAGGAGCAGGGAGCAGAGACCGGGGCUGCAGAGGCCGACGGAGGAGGAGGAGGAGGAGGAGGAGGGAAGCUCGGAGAUUCACUGGAGACACGAGGGGAGCUCACCAAGCAGUGGUCGACAUCCUCCAGAUCCUCCAACAGGUCAUCGAAGAGAGGAGCAGGAAGUCCGUCCCACCAGAGCAUCUCAGAGUGGAGGAUGCAGAGCAUCGCCAGAGACUCAGAGGACAGCACAGACGAUGAGUUCUUUGAUGCUCACGAAGACUUCUCAGAUAACGAGGAGAUGUUUUCCAAGGAGAUCACAAAGUGGAGCUCCAACGAUCUCAUGGACAAGAUAGAAACCACAGAAGCGGAUGAAGCACAAGAAACUCUGUAUCAGGAGUCUGGCGGGGAGUACGCCGUCAUGAGCAACGAGGAGGCGCAGAUGGAGGACUGUUCGUCCCAGCAGUGUCUCCAGCCGUCCAAAAUCCACGUCCUGGUCCUGGUCCUGCACGGGGGAAACAUACUGGACACCGGCUCAGGGGAACAGAACAACAAGCAGGGGGACGUGAACACGCUGACCGGGGCCUUUGAGACCGUGAUGAGGGUCCAUUACCCCACGGCUCUGGGCCGCAUCGCCAUCCGGAUGGUCCCGUGUCCUGCGGUGUGCGUCGACGCAUUCUCACUCGUGUCCAACCUGAGCCCCUACAGCUACGACGAGGGCUGCCUCUCCAGCAGCCAGGACCACAUCCCGCUGGCCGCCCUGCCGCUCCUCGCCACCUCGGCGCCGCAGUACCAGGACGCCGUGGCCACCGUCAUCCUACGAGCCAAUCAGGUCUACGGCGACUUCAUCAGGUCUCUGGAGGGAGCGUCUUUUAAUGGACAGGUGUGCGUCAUCGGUGACUGUGUUGGAGGAAUCCUGGGCUUCGACGCUCUGUGCAGCAGCUCUGUGACGGUGUCAGAAAGUCAAAACAGCAGCAGACGGGGCAGCACCAUCAGCGUCCAGGACACGGACCUUCUCUCUCCGGGCAUCGUCAUCAACAGCGCGUCUCCGUCGUCGCCGUCUCUGGAAGGAAGCCGCCACCUGAGCCGCAGCAACAUCGACAUCCCCCGCUGCUCGGGGCCCGACGACCCCAAGAAGCAGUUGCCGCGGAAACGCAGCGACUCCUCCACGUACGAGCUGGACACCAUCAAGCACCACCAGGCCUUCCUGUCCAGCCUCCACUCCAGCGUCCUCCACGGGGAACCCGGGUCUCGGCGCUCCAGCAACAGCACCAUGCUGGAGGGCGGCUCGCUGGGCAAGUUCGACUUCGAGGUGACCGACUUCUUCCUGUUCGGUUCCCCUCUGGGGCUGGUGCUGGCGCUGAGGAAGACCGUGGUGCCCUCUUUAGACGUGUCCGCCCUGCGUCCGGCCUGCCAGCAGGUCUACAACCUGUUCCAUCCCGCCGACCCGUCGGCCUCCCGCCUCGAGCCGCUCCUGGACAAGAGGUUCCACCUGCUGCCGCCCUUCAGCGUCCCGCGCUACCAGCGCUUCCCUCUGGGAGACGGACACUCGGCUCUGUUGGUAGAGACCGUGCAGAGCAACCCUCAGCUUCUGGCGGUGGAGUCCAGUGGAGCAUCGUCCCACCGCUUCCAGGACAACGCCGUCAACGAGACGUCCAUCCCCGUCCCCGUCCUCAACUGGCCGACCACACAGCUCCACACAGAGACAGCGGAUUCUCUCCACUCUCACAUUUUCGUCGACGGCCAGUUCCCUCCGUCCACGUCUCCGGGCGUCCCUCACCUGCGCUGCAACCGCAGGGCCAGCGAGGCCAGCAUCGCCAGCCAGGUGUCGGGUCUGGCCGACUCCUACACCGCCUCCAACAUCGCCUCCACGAACACAUGUGAGGUCAGUAAGCGGAGCGGCCUGCUGUCCCAGCUGGCCCCGCCCUACGCUAGGCUCGCCUCUCGGACUCCGUCGCUCAGGAGAAUCCGCCGGGUGUUCCCGAGGCCCGACGGCGUGGAGUCCGAGCCGGGCUCGGGCGCUAGCGCCGACCCGACCCCUGACCUCUCCGAUGUCACGUCUGUCGAUAUCGCAGACGUCAGCUCAGUGCCCCCGUCACCCAGGGUGAUGAGGAACGUAGAGAAAGUUGCCUCUCGGUGGUGGGGCAGUAAGCGGAUGGACUACGCUCUGUACUGUCCUGAUGCCCUGACAGCGUUUCCAACCGUGGCUCUGCCUCAUCUCUUCCACGCCUCCUACUGGGAGUCUACGGACGUCGUGUCAUUCCUGCUCAGACAGGUCAUGCGACAUGAGAACUCCAGCAUUUUGGAGCUGGACGGUAAAGAAGUGUCCGAGUUCACGCCGUCCAAACCGAGAGAGAAGUGGCUCCGCAAGAGGACACAUGUUAAGAUCCGGAACGUCACCGCCAACCACCGCGUGAACGACGCCGUGUUCACGGAGGACGGCGCGCAGGCGGUGACGGGACGUUUCAUGUACGGGCCUCUGGACAUGGUCACGCUCACCGGAGAGAAGAUCGACAUCCACAUCAUGACCCAGCCGCCCUCUGGAGAGUGGACGUACUUCAGCACCGAGCUCACCAACAGCAGUGGACGGGUCUCUUACGUGAUCCCUGAGAGCAAACGUCUGGGCAUCGGGGUGUAUCCGGUCAAGAUGGUGGUCAGGGGCGACCACACAUUCGCAGACAGCUACCUGACCGUCGUACCUCGGGGAACGGAGUUCGUCGUGUUCAGUAUCGACGGCUCGUUUGCCGCCAGCGUGUCGAUAAUGGGCAGCGACCCGAAGGUCCGAGCUGGAGCCGUGGACGUCGUGAGGUACUGGCAGGACCUGGGUUAUCUGAUCGUGUAUGUAACGGGUCGUCCCGACAUGCAGAAGCAGCGGGUGGUGGCCUGGUUGUCUCAGCACAACUUCCCCCACGGCAUCGUGUCCUUCUGCGACGGGCUGGUUCACGACCCUCUGAGACACAAAGCAAACUUCCUGAAAACCCUGAUCGGCGAGGCCCACAUGAGGAUCUUUGCGGCCUACGGCUCCACCAAGGACAUCUCGGUGUACUCGACCAUCGGCCUGCCCCCGUCCCACAUCUACAUCGUGGGACGGCCCACGAAGAAAAUGCAGCACCAGUGUCAGUUCAUCCCCGACGGCUACGCGUCCCACCUGUCCCAGCUGGAGUACAGCCAGAGGUCUCGCCCGGCCAAGUCCGCCAGCACCCGCAUGGUCCUCCGCAAGGGCAGCUUCGCCCUGGGUGCGACCGGAGGCGACUUCCUGCGCAAGCGCAACCACAUCUUUCGCACCAUCUCCGCGAAGCAGCCCGGAGGGUCGGGGUCCAGCUCCCCGAGCCAGCCGGGCCGGACUGAGCGCACCUUGAGCCAGUGCGAGAUGGAGCGGGACCGAGGCAUCGGCGCCCAAACCCAGAGGAGUAUGAGCAUAGCUGCCGGGUGCUGGGGUCGCACCGGGAGCACCAAGGAGGGCAGUGGAGGGCUACUCGGACCCAAGUAAGGCGGACAAAUAACGAACGGAUCUGUGGUGUUAAAGGACCGGGCCUGAGCCACCAUGAUCUCUGGACCGGACAAACAUAAGAAGAGGACGUGGGACGGAUGGGUUUGUAGAGAUAUAGCAUGAAUAACGCACUCUGUCCAGGAGGAGUGGACUAACCGGGCCGAGUGGGAUCCAGAGAACAAAAACAGUUCAGUAGCAUGACUCGUUUACAGUAAUACUUUUAUAGGAUUCAUCCCUAUUUAAAGAAAAAAAAAAACACGGAAAAAAAAAAAAAAGACAAGGAAAGGAUUAAGUGAAAUAUUGUAAGCCUUAAACUAAUCUCGUGUAACGGGACGCCCACUCAAUUUCCAAACAUUCACACUCAUGAGCUCAGGACAAACUGCAGAGCCAGACUCAUCUUUUCAGACGUUCACUUUCUUUACUGCUGUCGGUCCACAACAGUCAACCCAACAACGACUGGCAAUAAGUACUGAAAACGGGAAAACGGAGAUAGGUCACACAAUGAAGAGUCAGUUCAUCCAAGAACAGGUGUCUAAUCUAAGGUUUUAUUUGUCCAGAGACAUGAACUUUGUACCACGCAGAGUGUCUGAUAUGAAUUAAGUUUUGUAGAGAUGUUCUCCUUUAAAUCCUUUAGAGUAAUGGACGCUCCACCACUGUGACGAAAGGUAAAAUAUCUGAAGAACUUUUGGUGAAUUUUGUAGAUAUCCAUGGUUCCAGGAGGAUAAGUCCAUCAAACUACAUUAACCUCUACUGAGGAUCAUCCAGUGUGAUAUCUUUAUCCAUCUAGAUAUCUAUAUCUACCAACUUUGAUUGAGUAACAUUUGGUUAGUCUGAUUAUUCUUAGGGGAUAAGCCCUUCAGACUGUGUAUCAUCCACAGCAGUUUGAUCAAAACAGAAAUAUCUCAACUAUUUGUUGGACUGCUGAUAAAUUUUGAAAAAAUGUUCCUGGUUCCCAGAUGUUAAUCCCCUCAGACUCCUUUAGUUUAAUCAGCUACAUCUUGUGUGUUUAGACAACGCUUCAAUAGACAGUCAGGAAACUAGUAAGAAGUUCUUCAUGGUUGUCAUUUAGCAUCUUUUAUCAGGUCAAAGUUUCUAUUUAUCUGGUGAAAUAUAUCAACAUCUAGAAGACACUGGGCAGACAUUCAUGAGUUUGACGUUCAACAACUUUGGGACUGAUUGCCAGUCACGCCAAGGUGUUGCACCUUGGGUUUAGCGCUAAUUAGCAAAAGUUAGCAUGCUAACAGGCUAAAUUAGUACUGUGUGCACGGUAAGAACGCACCACCCGAUGUGGUGUAAACUUUGAAAAUAUGUUCUUUGGAUGAGCUGAUCCUUCAGAACAGAAUAUGUAAUAUCCAAAAAAAAAAAAAAAAACUAAGAGGGAACAAGGGGCAGCUGUUGGGUUUCUUGAAGAUGUCUCAUCCAAGUCUUCAGUUCUGAAUGACUCAGGAAGGAACAUCUUUGGGUCUUGAGUCUAUUAACCAUCUCCAAUGAACGCUGCUCUAACGAGACUCCAGACAAUUUGAGAAACCCAACGAGUUUCCUUUGUUUUCAGCUUUGUUGUUUUUUGGAUAUAACAUGACCUGGACGACUGAGAACCUCCACAGACAUAUACUAUACCAGAACAAUCUUGUUAAUCACCUUUUUGUUUUUUGUUUUUUGUGCCUCCAGUUAGUUUUCAUCCCACCCUGUGUGAGACUCUGUAGUAUUUUCCCUUUCACUGUGGCCCCUGGGCCAUCCAAGGCCUUAAUAUUCCACGAGACGCUUAUCUCCACAGAGGGAACAGGAAGCAGAAAAAAACAGGGCAUGCAGCAACAGACUCUGUACAGUCCACAGCAACAAUCCCUUUAUAUAUUCAUCUGCUUGCAAUACCUCUGAUCUACCUGCUGGUGGCGUUCUGUUUCCCCACAUGUGCUGCUGCUGGGAGACACUGGUAGGGUCCCCCCCGACUUUUUGCUCUUUUAGCUCGUGAAGGAUUGUUUCCGCUAGGGAGCCGGUUAGAUUUCAUACCGAUGGAGGAAGGACGGAGGAAGGACGGAGGCAGGACGGAGGCAGGACGGAGGCAGGACUUCCACUGGGUCUCAGUGUUUGUACCAAAUGGACCGAAGAAUGAAAGAGAAGCGCUUCAGCUCGAAUGUUGAACAGACUGGAUUGAUAGCGGCGAUCCAGUCGAUGUGGAGGCGGGAUAAAGUUGUUGGUGUCUUUUCAUCAUUUUGCUGCUUGUGUUCACUGGACUGAAUAUUUUCACACAAAAAGGACAUAGAAGAAGAAGAAGAAGAAGGAGGAGUCUUCUCACAUCUCCGAUCCAAAAACACAAAGUGCACAUCAGAUUUUCUAUCGCAGGGUUUAAAGGAAACGUCUGCUGUUUUUUCAGGGUUGUCUGAUGUCAGGUGUCCACGUCAAUGCUGAAACAGGUUUGGCUAAAUGUUUCUGAAAAGAUCCCCUCCUCAAGCUUUUAGUACAAAAUGAUAGAAUAAACAUAAGUAAACAACUUAAAAUUAACUUUUUUUAUAGAGAAUUAAGGAAGAAGAAAUUACCAAUGUUUGAUUUGAAGCUUUUUUUGCCUGUAAAUUCAGUUUGAGGUGGUAAACGUUGUUAGGUUGCACCAAAAAAUUUAAAAAAUACUGAUUGGCUCAGUAGCUGUCCUGGAUACAAGAAUCACAAGAAUCAAAAGUUUUUAAAAACUAAAAAGUCUUUUAAAUCUGUGAAUAUGUUGUAUAAAUAAAUUAGAAUCGACUGCAGAAACGCUACAGAAAAUAUCUUCUUCCUUUUCUAAUUCUAAAGACGUUUUUGUUGCUUACAAUGGGGACAUGAAUGAUUACAACAAGCUAAAACUGUUUCAGUGUCAAACAUUUAGCAUCUGACUUUGUUUUGAACCUGAAAAACUGAACUUUUCCUUUAAAGGCGUUUAGCGUCAGGGUGCGUGGAGCGGACGCGCCGCUAGUUCACUUCGGUCCAUCUAUGCCGUCCUUUCAACGCCCAGCUUCCACGAGACCACACAACAGCCACCACAAAAAAAAAGCCAAAACCAUUCUCUAAUACUGUAGUCGAUCAACUGCGUAACCUCAUUGUUUAUUUUUUGCACUAGUUUACGGUGGGAAAAAAAUGCUGUAGUAACCAUCUCAUGUUGCUACGUUUAAAAAAAGCCUCUGUGGUGCAGGAUCUGAAAAUGAUGUUAAGUAUUAACGUGCCAAACAGUAGACGGAGAAGAAAUUAUUUAAAGCAGAGGUUUUCAAAGUCUGGACUGAAUCACCUCCCACCAACACCCACCUUCAUCCUCUCCUAACAUUAUUUAGGUUUAUCUAAAAUUCUAGCUAGUCAGCGAACUAGCUAGUAUAACUAGCUAACUAGCCACUAUUUACAGACUCGUCUUAACAUCUGAAUAUAAUAAAAGUAAAAAUCCACUAAGUCAAAAUUUUUCCCAAUGAUGACUUUUUAUUUAGCUAGCAGGCAGCCAUCUUUGUUUUGAUGGCACAACUUGGUCAUAACAUUCGGUGAAUUCGUUUUUAACCAGACAUUUAGACGAUUUGAGGGAUCUAGAGGUACAUUUAGAACAGCGGUCACCCAUUUAUCCAGUAAUUCAGUUACGACUAGCUAGCUUAGCAUAAAGAUUUGAAAUAAACAUCUAGCUUCGUCCUGUCCAAAAGCAACAAAAGUUCCCAAAUUGACACAUCCUGUUUGUUAAUUCCAUGCAAAAUAGAGUAGUUUGGUUAGCUUAGCUUAUCUUAGCAUGAAGACUAAAAUAUAGUUAGUUUGUCUGUUCAAAUGUAACAAAAUAUACAUUUUUUUAAAAGUUUGGUUAAAAGAAUGCAUAGAGAAAAGUAGCUAGCUAUGCGGCUCAAAGGCAUGCUAACACACAAGGAGCACAAACAAGCUAAGUUAGGACAAAUUUUAGCUUAAGUGCCAAAACGAAUUUGGCCCAAUUAGCCGUUGGUAGUUCCUGCUUGUAGGAUUUUUACCGAGACGGAAGAAAAAAUUUAAAAUAUGUUUUUUUGUUUUUUUUUCUGGGGCAAGUUCUGCCCUGAUAAUUCACCCCUGGUGGUGGAUGGAACUGUAUUUUGCAUUGAGUCUAAAAACUAUGUGCAUUAUGGAAGUUAAAAAGUGCAAUUUCUGGCAACAAAGGCUUUUACGGUGUUGGGACAAUGGGACAAGCAUCAGCUGGUGCUUCCUCAUAGAUGUGGGAGGUCCUCACAGUUUGAAAACCUCUGAUUUAGAGUUUUACCUUUUACCUCUUAUUUGAGUAAGAAGGGUAAAUAUGGUACAGAACUAUGUACUGACUGGAUUUUAAUUUGGCUUGGUUGAUGCAGUGUUGAAGAAAACUCUUUGAGAAGAAGAUGUUUUGGUCUGAGAGGACUCCUGGACAUUAAGCUGUUUAGUUUGAAAGGCGUCCUUGCAGGUUUUUGGAAACACGUUGAAUGUCCACCCAUCUGGACUCUACUUGGACGGUCCUGGAGCCGUGGGUGUGUCCGUGUACAUACUGUAAAGAUGUAUAAUGUAGGACUUAUAUAUACGGUCGAGAGUUAUUUAUUUACGUAAGGAUCAUGAUGUUACUCUGGAAAUUUCAGGUGAAAUAUAUUUGAAAUAUGUAGCAUUUUAUUUGGGCGGUCAUUAAGGCUACGGACCAACACAGGAAGCUAUUUUUAUUUUUUUGUUUUUAAACAGUGCAAUAUUAUUACUGUUCCAGCCACAGCAGGGAACAAAAUCAACCACAACACAAGCGACACAGUCUGAAACCAUUCACCACCUCGUGAAAUCUAUUUGUAUUGGAGCUGAAAUCCGCUGUCUCAGCGUUUUAUAGGACUUACUGUACCUAUUUUUCAAAUGGGAGUAUUUUACAAAACCUUUGAAAUAUAACUUUUCAGUCAGCAGCGGGUGCAUGGAAACCCCAUAACAACGAAGAACCUAUUUAACAAGCUGUUGCAUGUCGUCUAAUUAGACUGGAACUACUUAACCUUCAUGCUUAACAAUAAUAAACCAGCUAUGUCGUCCAAUAUGUCCUCACUGUUUAAUGACGUAUGUUAAAAGGAAAAAAAUCUGCAUCUUAUAUUUGAGAUUGUUGCAGUUAUUGCCACUAGAUCUACACCUUUAGCUCAGUGUUAAUGUGUGGAGCCAUUUUCUAAUAAUUGUGAUAUAAUUUGGAUUUCCUAAUAAUUAGUUUGGCAUUUUGGAACCAAAUUUUUAUUUAUUUGCUUAGAUGGGCUCAAUGCAACAGCCAGCAGCUAAGCUAAUCGUUGGUUAGCUUAGCUUUAGGGCUAAAGCUAGCCAAAGAAAACAUCACAUUUGAUGCUUUCCCACAAUUUGUGACAUGUACCGACAAUAAGAGACAAAAGUUAAAAAGCGAUUUGGUUACAGAUAGCUUAGCAUAAAGGCUGGAAAUAGUUAGCUGCUCUGACCUAAUGCAACAGAAUUUAUUAGCAUAAACAGCUAGCUUGUCUCUAUCCAAAUGCAACACAAUCCACUCAUUCAGAGCGCUACAGCUCACAAGUUUGUUAGUUAAUUCUGAAUUCUGGUAACCUUAGCUUAGCAUAAAGACUAGAAGAAGUUAGCUAAUCUGUCCAAAUGCAACUAAACUACCCGUUUAAAACACUUAAACCCUAAAUGAAAAUCAUCUCCUGUUAAUAUCUGAGCUGUAAACUAAUAAAUCCUUUAUAUUUGGCUUCUUAUCAGAAAAUGGUUCUCGCAUUUUUAUUCAGUAAUUUCUACAUGACACCAAACUAAACCAAAUUAUUGUCGGUGUUCAGCUGUAGGUUCAAUCAAAUUUUGAUGGUGGCAAUAACUGAGAUAUAACUUGAAUAUAUGCAGUGACUGAGAUUAGAUUCAGAUAUAUAGUAAGACUUUAUUUUAACCUCCUCUAUUUAAGCAGUGUAUAAACACACUAAAAUGUAGUUGUAGGCAAUUAUAAGUACCUUUAUUUACAUGAAACAGCUCCUACAUGUGUAAACGUGACCAUUAUAACUUGGGUUAACUUCAGAUUUUUCUCAUUUUAAUUGAUUCUUUUAUGAAUAAAUACAUAAUAAAGUCCUUAUAUCUGCUUACAGCUACAUUAGUGUCACUAAAUGUUCAUAAACUGCUAUAAAUGCAAACAAAGAGUGGAAUUUAACAGUAUUUCUCUGCGUUGUCUUAGCUGCUGUACACAGGUGAUCACUUUGGUUCGAGGACACUGGUCAUGACAGAAUCAGGGUUUCUGUUAGUUUUUUCCGAGUGGUUUCGACUCACAUGUUCAGUAGCUACUCUGUCUCCUAGUUUCAUGGGUUCAGGCGCUCUCAACAUUGUCUGUACUGUGGAAUAAACACAUUUAGAUGGUCCCUCA